AGAGGUUCGGACGCAGGCCCCUUACAGGUGAGACGACUUCUCUGUCUACUGUUCUUCCUCUUUUUGUUUAGCUUCUUAUGCGUUGUUCGUCGUUGUUAGGGAGGGUGCGGAGAGCAAGGGCUCCUUCGUUAGCUUUCCGCCAGCUGGCCGCAUCCGCUCGCCCUAUCGCAGUACCCACUGCCCGACCUUCAUCGAGGGUUGCUUCAGUUGAGUCUGCGGCCUUGGUUACUCCGGCGAGGGCCACUUCUCAUGACGAGAUUCCGACCAAUAUCGUUCGCCCAACGGGUGAGUCACCAUCUACUGGAAAGGAAGAGGGACCGUUGAAGAGACGGAGAGUAGAGUUUGAGACGGCGUCCCCCAACAGUAAUUCAUCUGGACGACUCUCCCCGACGGGAUCUGGAGAGGGUGCUAUUGCGGCUCCACCCAUAGGGACGAAGCAAACCGUUGGAAUGGUCGGUGUCCGCGAUCAGCAAUCAGAAACUCCCGCCGCCGUCUUGGCUCAAUCAGAAAUCCCUGCCGUUGUUGGUGACCAACAACAUGUCGCGGUGGAGAAUCAGACUUCUGGGGUUGCCGUCGUGAUUUCAGACAUGCCCUCAUCUUCUGCAGCAAGUCGUGCUUCCUCUUCAGCUGCAGAAAGGGGAAAAGGCGUGGUGGUUGACGACUAUGAAUCUGAGUCAGACCUGGACCCCGAUGAUGUUAGGAUGUUUGAGGAGGGUCUUACUCAUUCGGUGGUUAAUGCAGGGGGCUUGGCCCGUAUUCUUCGGAUCCCUUUUGGCGUUAAUCUCUUGGCGGAAGGGGAGGAUCUGGUACCGCAAUUCAGCCUGUUAUGCUCCGAAGCUGAGAAUGAGUCCCUUCGGUCUGUUCCUGAUGCUGAGUUGAUAGACGAGGUGGCCGUCAUGGUCUUAAGGACAUAUAUGGUGGAAGUGGAAAACAUUCACAGGGCCAACAUCCGGGCAAGGAUUUUCUUGAAGAUGCUGGAGAAAUAGCGUCGCUAUUGCGACAGGUGUCGCGAGAUGUAUGAGCGGUUGAGGACGGACCCCCGUAAUCGGGCUCUUGGUGAGGAGUUGGAGAAAAGAGACCAGGAAUUGAUGCAGACCAUCCGCAGCAGGAGCGCACUCGAGGAGCAACUUCGAAUUAAGGACGAGGAGCUCGAGCUGGGUAAGGGGGUUGCAGCGGAAUGCGAGCAUCUGCAGGGAAGGUUGAGGUCGAUGCAGCCGGAGAUGGACCAGAACUUGGUCAAGGUCGAGGCGAUGAGCGUGGAGUGGAUGAGAAAAUUUUCUGCGCUGGAGAGCAAAGUUGCUGGGUUGGAGAGCAUUGAGAGUGCCUGGUCCGAGGCUUUGGCGAGGGCGAUGGCCCUGGAGAACACCAUCCGCGUCCUCCAAUUCGAACAGGAGUCGGAGAGAGCGACAACUACCCUCAGGGAGGCGAGGCUCGAGGAGCGCAUCAGCGUGAUUGAUCAAGAGGCAUCGGUUCUGGGAGAUCGGGUCGCGGCUUUGGAGGCAGAAAAUGAGCGAUUAUUGGCUUAAGUUGAGUCAUCUUCCGCUACCGUUCCGGCCCAAUUGCAUGAGCUCUGGGUUUAUGCUGAAGCCCAGCGGGAUAUAUAUAAGAGUUUGUGGGAGGCGAGCACCGUGGCUGAGGCUGCUUAUGAAGAAGCACGAGCGAAAGCACGGGAGGCUCGCAUCAAUUGUGGGUAUGACGCAGCGACGCCCAAAGCUAAUGGGGAUGCGGAUGAUGGUAAUGGAGAACCUCUUGGAGACGACGAUGAUGGUGGUGAUGGUGAUGGUGCUGGUGACGGCGGUGAUGACGCCGAAUGAAGAAUGUUGUCCUUUGUUUUUAUUUUCAAUUGUUUGUCGAUUGUCGUUCGUUCGUGUUGUUGUUGUUUUUUUUUGGUUGGCUUGGGCCAUAUGUAAGUGGCGAUAGCCCGCACUGUGACUUUGUAUAAAUGAGAGUUCUUUUCUUA